GCGGGGCCCUCGGGUCAGGGGUGAGAGGUGAGAGGGCGGCGUGGGCCUGGAGAGUAACUGCCGCGCAUUGGGCUCCCCGGUAGCGCUAGUUGAAGGCACCAGGAAAGAGACUAUCUUCUUCUGACAAGAUGUCUGGGAUUGGCAAUAAAAGAGCAGCAGGAGAGCCGGGAACAUCUAUGCCCCCGGAGAAGAAGACAGCUGUGGAAGAUUCGGGGACCACCGUAGAGACAAUUAAGCUGGGUGGUGUCUCUUCAACGGAGGAGUUAGACAUCCGAACACUGCAAACCAAAAACCGCAAGCUGGCAGAAAUGCUGGAUCAGCGGCAGGCCAUUGAAGACGAGCUCCGUGAGCACAUUGAGAAGCUGGAGCGGCGACAGGCCACUGAUGACGCCUCCCUACUGAUUGUCAACCGCUACUGGAGUCAGUUUGAUGAAAACAUCCGUAUCAUCCUCAAACGCCACGAUCUGGAGCAGGGUCUGGGAGACCUACUCACAGAGAGGAAAGCCCUUGUCGUGCCCGAGCCAGAGCCAGACUCUGAUAGCAACCAGGAACGGAAAGACGACCGAGAGAGAGGGGAAGGACAGGAGCCAGCUUUCUCUUUCCUUGCUACUUUGGCCAGCAGUUCCAGUGAGGAGAUGGAAUCCCAGCUCCAGGAGCGCGUGGAGUCCUCCCGCCGAGCCGUGUCGCAGAUUGUGACCGUCUAUGAUAAGUUGCAAGAAAAAGUGGAGCUCCUGUCCCGGAAGCUAAAUAGUGGAGAUAAUCUGAUAGUAGAGGAAGCAGUGCAGGAGUUGAAUUCCUUCCUGGCACAUGAGAACAUGCGACUACAGGAAUUGACGGACCUUCUUCAGGAGAAACACCGCACCAUGUCUCAGGAGUUCUCCAAGUUGCAGAGUAAAGUGGAGAUGGCUGAGUCACGGGUGUCUGUCCUGGAGUCCAUGAUUGACGACUUACAGUGGGAUAUUGACAAAAUUCGAAAGCGAGAGCAGCGACUCAACCGCCACUUAGCCGAAGUUCUAGAACGGGUGAAUUCCAAAGGAUACAAAGUGUACGGAGCUGGGAGCAGUCUCUAUGGGGGCACCAUCACUAUCAAUGCCCGGAAGUUUGAGGAAAUGAAUGCUGAGCUUGAAGAAAAUAAGGAGUUGGCCCAGAACCGUCAUUGUGAGCUGGAGAAACUUCGGCAGGACUUUGAGGAGGUUAAUACACAAAAUGAAAAGCUGAAGUCGGACUUACGGAGCGCGGUGGAGGAGGUGGUGAAGGAGACUCCAGAGUACCGCUGCAUGCAGUCACAGUUCUCCGUCCUGUACAACGAGAGCCUGCAGUUGAAAGCACACCUGGACGAGGCUCGCACCCUGCUGCACGGCACCAGGGGUACCCACCAGCGCCAGGUGGAGCUCAUUGAGCGAGAUGAGGUUAGUCUUCAUAAGAAGCUGAGGACGGAAGUGAUCCAGCUGGAAGAUACCCUGGCCCAGGUCCGCAAGGAAUAUGAAAUGCUGAGGAUCGAAUUUGAGCAGACACUCGCUGCCAACGAGCAAGCAGGCCCCAUCAACCGGGAGAUGCGCCAUCUCAUCAGUAGUCUCCAGAAUCACAAUCACCAGCUGAAGGGGGAGGUCCUGCGAUAUAAGCGGAAGUUGAGAGAAGCCCAGUCGGACUUGAACAAGACACGUCUUCGCAGUGGCAGUGCCCUCCUGCAGUCCCAGUCGAGUACCGAGGACCCCAAGGAUGAACCUGCCGAGCUGAAACAAGAUCCUGAGGAUUUAUCCACCCAGUCCUCGGCAUCCAAGGCUUCUCAGGAGGAAGUCAGUGACGUCAAAUCCAAACGGGAUGAAGAGGAGCGAGAACGGGAGCGGAGAGAGAAAGAGAGGGAGCGGGAGAAGGAGCGAGAACGGGAGAAGGAGAAGGAGCGAGAACGAGAAAAGCAGAAACUGAAAGAGUCAGAAAAAGAGAGAGAUUCUGCCAAGGAUAAAGAGAAAGGGAAGCAUGAUGAUGGGAGGAAAAAGGAAGCAGAGAUCAUCAAACAGUUGAAGACUGAGCUCAAGAAGGCUCAGGAGAGCCAAAAGGAGAUGAAGCUCUUACUGGAUAUGUACCGCUCUGCGCCCAAAGAACAAAGAGACAAAGUUCAGCUGAUGGCGGCUGAGAAGAAGUCGAAGUCCGAGUUGGAAGACCUCAGGCAAAGACUCAAGGAGCUAGAGGACAAGGAGAAACGAGAGAACAAGAAAAUGGCCGACGAGGACGCCUUGAGGAAGAUCCGGGCCGUGGAGGAGCAGAUCGAAUACCUGCAGAAGAAGCUGGCCAUGGCCAAGCAGGAGGAGGAAGCUCUCCUGUCGGAGAUGGACGUCACCGGGCAGGCCUUUGAAGACAUGCAGGAACAAAAUAUCCGUUUGAUGCAGCAGUUGCGAGAGAAGGAUGAUGCCAACUUCAAGCUCAUGUCAGAACGGAUCAAAUCCAAUCAGAUACACAAAUUGCUUAAAGAGGAGAAGGAGGAGCUGGCAGACCAGGUUUUGACUCUGAAGACUCAGGUUGACGCCCAGCUGCAGGUGGUCAGGAAGCUGGAAGAGAAGGAGCACCUGUUACAGAGCAGCAUCGGCACCGGGGAGAAGGAGCUGGGCCUCCGCACUCAAGCCUUAGAGAUGAAUAAACGCAAGGCACUGGAAGCAGCCCAGCUUGCAGAUGACCUCAAAGCACAACUGGAAAUGGCUCAAAAGAAGCUUCACGAUUUUCAGGAGGAGAUCGUGGAGAACAGUGUCACCAAAGAAAAGGACAUGUUCAAUUUCAAACGUGCCCAGGAGGACAUCUCCAGACUUCGAAGGAAGCUGGAGACCACUAAGAAACCAGACAACGUGCCCAAGUGUGAUGAGAUUCUGAUGGAGGAGAUUAAGGAAUACAAGGCACGCCUCACCUGCCCUUGUUGCAACAUGCGUAAAAAGGAUGCGGUGCUUACCAAGUGCUUUCACGUUUUCUGCUUUGAGUGUGUGAAGACCCGCUAUGACACCCGCCAGCGCAAAUGCCCCAAGUGUAAUGCUGCGUUUGGUGCCAAUGACUUCCAUCGCAUCUACAUUGGCUGAUCCAGGUCAAGAGAAGGAGAGAGGCUGGCUAGACAGACACUUAUUCAUUUACUACCAACCCUCUACCUCUUUCUCCAUGACUGUCACCUGCUCUGCAGACUCCACCUCCGGGACCUCCUCUCUCAUAGCUGGUGGCUUUAGAGGAUGAGACUGGAAAAGGCAAGUCUUGGCUUCAUGGUGAAGUAGAAACGAACAACUCUUUCUUGUCUUCCCUGCCAGCUUUGUCUUUUUCCCCCUGCCUUUAGACAUCAGCAUUUUUCUGCUCUGGGCCCCCUGUGUGACCCAGGUUGUCCGUUCUUCCCAAAGAAGGCAAAUUGGGGUUUUUGACUUGGAACAGGGGGCAAAGAAGAGGGGAACACUGGCUGGCUGGAAGAGGAAUCUUUUAGAAAUAAACUACCUGUGGGCACAAACUUGCCUUGGUUUGGUUAGUGAACUUUUUAUAAAGUUGGAUUAUAAAGGGUUGCAAGUGUGCUACUCUUUCCUGGAUGGUUUGAGGCCUUAAUGAAAUUAUAUCCAUUCAAUCCUUUUCCAUUCUCUAGCAAGCUAACUUAAGAUCAGCUGGCUUCCUUGUUAAAAGUUACUGAGGUCUUGAAUGUUUUGGUUCAUUAAAGGCGUAAGUUUCUUGAGGUCAGAGACAUAGUUUCAAAUCACAUAGCUUUUUUCUAACCUUCGAAUGAAUCAAGAUCAGAAAGGAGGUGACGAGACCUGGUCCCGUGGAACUUGACACAGAGAGGCUGUGGUGAGCUAUGUGUCGCUGUCUUUCCUCUGGACAAGAGAUGGAUCCAGGAGGUCCUCUGUCACGACUCUGUAUUUCACAAAUUUCUAUUAAAGCAGAAUUCAGUUUGUU